UGUUGUUGUUUUUUAAUGGGGGCAAUAGGAGAGUGUUACAUUUGAUCAAUAUAAAAGGGAAUUGCCAUUUGAUAGAUAAGAUAUAUUUGAUCGAAGCUGAAUAAUGCUUAGGUUGUUACGAAUGUAUUGGUAUGUUUCUAUAAAAUAUAAUUAACUCGACCGUGCCCUCCUGAUCUCGCCUUUGCAGACAUGUAAUAUCCAUUGUUAGAGUGGUUAGUCGACCAUCUUGUCAAUUAUAAUAGGUCAUCUUUGAUGAAGCGUAGGAGAGCCUGCAUUUUGCGUGCGCAGCUUUGACGUCGAGCCAACGAAUCCCAAGACUGAUGGACCCGGUUUGUGUGUGACUGGAAACAUGUCGGCAAGGAUUGUGCACACCGGAAGAUCAAUGAAAUCUACCAAAACCUGAAGAACCAGAGCAAUUUCACAAUUUAAAAGAAUUUUACAUAGUCCAGGACCCUUUUCCACGGUUGUCUUACCUCGCUGACUCGCGUUUUAGCCUAUUCAGUGGUAGAAGUAUCCAAAACGAAUGGUGGAAGUCGAAUAGAGUCUCGAAGUAGGCUAGGCCGAGAGGAGUGGAGAGUGAAGGGCUCGGCAGGUAGAGACGAGCGCUCGCUUUUGAGGAAUGUUAUCCGUACUCUCCUAUGGAAGAUUGGUUGCGAGGGCUGUCCUUGGCGGACUCUCUCAAACUGAUGGUCGGGACUACAGCCUGGUCACAGCUAGUUGUGGGUUUGGGAAAGACUUUCGUAAGGGGAUAUUGAAGAAAGGGAUGUGCUACGGGGAUGACGCUUGUUUCAUUGCCCGGCAUAGGUCCGCCGAUGUAUUGGGUGUGGCAGAUGGUGUAGGUGGAUGGAGGGACUACGGGGUGGACCCGUCCCAGUUCUCUGCCACCCUGAUGAGGACGUGUGAGCGGCUGGUGAAGGAGGGCCGUUUCACCCCCAGCAGCCCUGUAGGGAUCCUCACGUCAGGCUACUACGAGCUCCUACAGAACAAAGUACCCCUGCUAGGGAGCAGCACAGCCUGUAUCGUGGUUUUGGACCGACGGAGCCAUCAACUGCACACGUGUAAUCUAGGUGACUCUGGUUUCCUGGUGGUGCGAGGGGGAGAAGUGGUGCACCGCUCGGACGAACAGCAGCACUACUUCAACACCCCUUUUCAGCUGUCCAUCGCUCCCCCAGGGGCAGAGGGAGUGGUACUCAGUGACAGCCCUGAGGCCGCUGACAGCUCCUCCUUCGACGUCCAGCUGGGUGACAUCAUCCUGACUGCCUCGGAUGGCCUCUUUGACAACAUGCCCGACUACAUGAUCCUGCAAGCGCUCAAAAAGCUCAAGAGUACCAACUAUGACAGUAUCCAGCAGACCGCACAGAGCAUUGCAAAGCAAGCCCAUGAACUGGCCUAUGACCCCAACUACAUGUCCCCUUUCGCUCAGUUUGCCUGUGACAAUGGUCUGAAUGUAAGAGGGGGGAAGCCUGAUGACAUCACGGUGCUGCUGUCCAUUGUGGCAGAAUACACAGACUAAGUGUGUGUGAUGCUUAUUGGAACUGUUCACUUCCUCCCCUCUCAGUCUUCCACCUGGCUCCUUCUCAAAUGCAUUGCUUCCUGUUGGACAGACUGGGGAGCCCCCCCAUUCCUUCACUGACCUUUCUAUCUCCCAGCCACAAAAUAGAACACACACUCCUCACCACAGAAUUGGACUCCAUCUCUAUUCUUCCGUUUUGUUUUGGGACUGUAGCGAGGAGGCAGGCUGUAAGGACUUUCUCAUGUUGAUCGUGAUGCAGAACGGCAUGUUGGUUCCCCACAUUCAGGCUACGACUGAAUGGCAGUCCUGAGUGUAGGCAAGUUUGCUUUUACAGGGAGUUGUGGUCGGUAGCCCUGAAACAAGCAGUGGUGUUAUAAAUCAAAUAAGCCAUAUGCUUUGGAGUUGUUGGGGAGAUGUGGUUGUGUUGCCUAUACAUUUUGAUUGUCUGUCUGCGUUGUAGCUGUGUGACUAUCUGUUCCAAGUCGUCUGUGUGUGUGGAUGAAUUCUGAGACUGUGGAAUUGAGAGGGGUUGGGUUGUUGCGGGGCUGAGAGGUUCCAGUGACCUGUGAUCAGAAAGGAUGUAGAUCAGCGCAUCAGGGUCUUGGAUUAGGAUAAAGGGGUAGCUGGCCAGUAUAAUGUACUAGCUCCACUAGCAGAGAUCUCUCCAGAGUGCCACCUAUAGGCUAGUCUGAACUGUUCUGCUGGUGCGCACAUCCUCAUGGGUUUGUAAAUAUUGUGUGUCAUGUAAACAAGGCAGAGAGUGUCUUCACUUUGUCACUGAUGAGGAUGGUUAUUUUGCUGUUGUGCCAGAUGUGUACACAAGCAUUCACAAUCUAUAAAGGGUUGAACCUUGAAGUAAAUACUCUCAAUCGCUCCCUUCCAUGGGCCGAAAGAACCACGAUGUUGACGUGUUCAUACCAUGAUCAUGUUUGACUCGGUAGUCGCGUGUCAGGGCCAUGAAAUGAUUGUGUGUAAAAAGUGGGUAUAGGUUCAUGUUUGAAUGUCUGUUGGUGAUAUGUGUUAACUUGCAAUGCUAAUGGUAGCAUCUAGGAAUGCUUUCAACUGAAACACUAGGUCAGGUAUGAAUUAUUAAACAAAGUUUUAUUUUUAUAACUUAAUGUUAUUAGUUUGAUAGCCAUUGAUGUGACAGUUGAAAUAUCAUCCAACAUAUGGAUUUACCCUGUGAUUAUUUUGUGAAGCUAUAUUUUUGCUCCAUGGAUGGCAAAUGAGAAUCAUGCCAUCUUACUAUUAAACAAGAAUUGGUCUUUGUGUGGUGGGUGUCAUCUCAAAAUUGUUUUUGUUCUGUCUCCCAAUAACAAUUUACCUGCUGCUUUUAUUUUGUCAAUUAAAUGUUUAAUACUGUA